GGAGGAGACGCUUGAAAAAUGGGGACUGUCUGACGCGGCGCAGGAGAUGCGCUGGAAGCUGUUUAAUGCAAGAUACUAUAAUAAACGCAGUCUAAAGUGGUUCCAGAGUGUUGUUGAGAUUGAUAUUGAGGGACGAUGGAUUUUGCAGAGGGAGAUUUAUGUGAAAGAGGAGUUGGCUGCUUUGCGAAAGGCGCAGAAGUUGUCUUCUUCUUCUUCUUCUUCUUCCUCCUCCUCUUCUUCAUCUUCAAAGUCUAAUGAGGGGGAGACAAUUGCGUUUGAGAAAGAACUUGUUAUGUUGAAUCAGCAAUACUUCGACUGUCGCAGACGACUGUGGAAUGUAGAGGGAAAUACGCCCCAGGGACCUCUAGGCCGGGCAUUCACAGUCACCAGGAGAAGGUCAGACUGGUUUCUCUUCAACUGGCUAAAGACAGAUUGUGCCAGAAGAGGAGGGUGUUGUGGGAGAGAGUGUGGAUGUUGCACCCAGUAUCGUCACACAAAGCGUGAGCAUCAUCGAGGCCAUUGCACAUCCGGAUGUGGCUGUUGUAUUCGGACCAAAGGAAUUGAUCCAGGGAGGUUUACCGAUCUAGAGGAUUAUCCGUUUGAUAUUGUGGCCCUGAAAAAGAGUGAAUAUAGCAGACGGGUUCAGCGCGCGUAUAUUUUCAAUCUGGAGUUCUAA